GUCUGGUGACGUGUCUCUCCGACUCUCUCUUUCCUCUCGCAGCGGCUGAUGGAGCCACACUGACUCCUCUGUGCACUCAAAACUGUUAACAGCUACACAGCAGGAGUCGGCCCAAGGACACCAUGGGGAUUAAAUUUUUGGAAGUUAUCAAGCCUUUCUGCGCAGUCCUGCCAGAGAUUCAGAAACCAGAAAGAAAGAUUCAGUUCAGGGAAAAGGUACUAUGGACCGCCAUCACGUUAUUCAUCUUUCUGGUGUGCUGCCAGAUCCCUCUGUUUGGCAUCAUGUCAUCAGAUUCAGCAGAUCCUUUCUACUGGAUGAGAGUAAUCCUGGCCUCCAACAGAGGUACGCUCAUGGAGCUCGGCAUCUCACCGAUCGUCACCUCAGGCCUCAUCAUGCAGCUGCUGGCUGGCGCCAAGAUCAUUGAAGUUGGCGACACCCCCAAAGACAGAGCUCUCUUCAAUGGAGCUCAGAAAUUGUUUGGAAUGAUCAUCACCAUUGGACAGGCCAUUGUUUACGUCAUGACUGGCAUGUACGGAGAUCCUUCAGAGAUGGGUGCUGGCAUCUGCUUGCUGAUCAUCAUUCAGCUCUUUGUUGCUGGUCUGAUAGUGUUGCUCCUGGAUGAGCUUCUCCAGAAGGGCUACGGUCUGGGAUCUGGUAUUUCUCUCUUCAUUGCGACCAAUAUCUGUGAAACCAUCGUCUGGAAGGCCUUCAGCCCCACCACUGUCAACACUGGCAGAGGUACUGAGUUUGAGGGAGCCAUCAUCGCUCUCUUCCACCUGCUGGCCACACGCACAGACAAAGUGCGCGCCCUCAGAGAAGCUUUCUACAGACAAAACCUGCCUAACCUCAUGAACCUCAUCGCCACCGUCUUCGUGUUCGCCGUGGUUAUAUACUUCCAGGGCUUCAGAGUGGACCUGCCCAUCAAGUCGGCUCGUUACCGCGGGCAGUACAACACCUACCCCAUCAAGCUUUUCUACACCUCCAACAUCCCCAUCAUCCUGCAGUCUGCCUUAGUGUCCAACCUGUAUGUGAUCUCCCAGAUGCUGUCGACGCGUUUCAGCGGGAACUUCCUGGUCAAUCUCUUAGGAACCUGGUCUGACACUUCAAGCGGAGGACCAGCCCGGGCCUACCCAGUGGGAGGCCUCUGCUACUACCUUUCUCCUCCCGAGUCGUUUGGUUCUGUCCUGGAUGACCCGGUUCACGCCGUCAUCUACAUCGUCUUCAUGCUGGGCUCCUGUGCCUUCUUCUCAAAGACCUGGAUCGAGGUGUCGGGAUCUUCAGCCAAAGACGUGGCCAAGCAGCUGAAGGAGCAGCAGAUGGUGAUGAGGGGACACAGAGAGACCUCCAUGGUGCAUGAACUAAACAGGUAUAUCCCCACAGCCGCUGCGUUCGGAGGGCUCUGUAUAGGAGGGCUGUCUGUCAUGGCGGACUUCCUGGGAGCCAUCGGCUCGGGGACAGGAAUCCUCCUGGCUGUCACCAUCAUCUACCAGUACUUUGAGAUCUUUGUGAAAGAGCAGAGUGAAGUUGGCAGUAUGGGAGCGCUGCUCUUCUAAUAUCAAAUUUGCCAAUCUCCUGACACAUACAA